AUGGCCCACAGUAUGGCUGCCACCGACACCUGCGCCACACGGUGUUAUGGACAGCUCGCACAUCGCAUCGGACAGCUCAAUUCUGAUGCAAACAUUACGCGAUGCGAGUGUGUGUGUAUGUAUGUGCCAGUGCAGAAAGUGCGUGCAGGGACAUGUCUUCACAGAAGAGAGGAACAAGUAGCACUUGCAACUAAAGAAAAACGAAGUUUUUGCAUAAGUCUGUAUGCUUCCCGUCUGGAAGUCAUCUGA